CUAUUUUAGCUUGGUAGGAGAGAGAAAGUGAGAUAAUAGCCAAUAAGUUGUUGGGGGGUUGGGUUAUAGAUCAAAGAGAAAGAGAGGGGAUAAGAAAGAAGCAUAUAGUUAGAAGAAAAAAAAGGAGGUCUUGGGGGGUGGGGGGGAAUUGGUUAGACAAGUUAUGCGCGUAGGAGCUUGCACGUUGCAGCAGACACUCACAACAGAGGCUGCUUCAGUAUUGAAGCAGUCUCUGGGCCUCGCAAGGAGAAGGGGACACGCUCAAGUCACCCCUCUCCAUGUGGCCGCCACUCUUCUCUCUUCGAGAUCAAGUCUCUUGAGAAGAGCUUGCCUCAACUCAACUUCUAAUUACUCUCCCCCAACUCCUCCUUAUCAUCAUCAUCAUCAAUACCAUCCUCUUCAAUGUCGAGCUCUCGAGCUUUGCUUCAACGUAGCCCUAAACCGACUUCCAACCGCACCGGGCCCUCUCCUCCACGGUCAACCGUCUCUCUCAAACGCUCUCAUAGCCGCCCUCAAACGGGCACAGGCGCAUCAGAGACGCGGCUCCAUCGAACAAAACCAACAUCAACUUCAUCAUCAGCAACAACUACCAAACCAGCAACAGCAACAGCAACAGCAACAACCGCUUUUAGCGAUUAAGGUUGAACUCGAACAACUUGUUUUAUCAAUCUUGGAUGACCCGAGUGUCAGUCGGGUUAUGCGAGAGGCUGGUUUCUCGAGUACGGCAGUUAAGAACAGUUUGGAAGAUACUUCUAUCUUCCACUGCUAUGGCACUACAACUCCGGGUGGAGUCUUUUCUUCCCCGUGCUCACCAACUCGAACCGAUUCUUAUCCGGGGAACUUUUGGCAGACCCAAUUCGUGUUUCCACUUCAAAAGAAAACCCUUAUCGCGGAUAAUAACUCCGAAGAUUUGAAGUUGGUUUUGGAGGUUCUCUUGAGAAAGAAGAGGAAGAACACGGUCAUCGUUGGAGACUCGGCACUGUUGAUCGAAAGUCUUGUCGAACAACUAACUGAAAGAGUUGAGAGAGGAGAUGUGCCUGAAGGGCUGAAACAAACACACUUGAUCAAAUUCCAAUUCUCAUCAGUUCCAUUGAUGUUCAUGAAAAAGGAGGAAGUGGAACAAAACUUGGUAGACUUGAAAAGGAAGGUGGAUUCUCUCCUUGAGUCAGAAUCUGGUGUGAUUGUCUACACUGGGGAUCUGAAGUGGACAGUUGUAGACACGUCGUCAGAAUCAGUUGGUCAUGAUCAAUAUUACAAACCAGUUGAUCAUUUGGUUGAAGAAAUUGGGAGGAUGGUUUAUGAAUAUAGCAACUUAGGAAGAAGGGUUUGGUUAGUGGCUACAGCAAAUUACAAGACGUACUUGAAGUGCCAGAUGAGACAGCCUUCUCUUGAGCUUCAAUGGACUCUUCAAGCUGUAUCUGUUCCUUCUGGUGGUCUUGGAUUAUCUCUUCAUGCUAACAGUUUGUCACAAAACCCAUGUGAGAUGUUUGAAGCCAAGCCAUUGAUGAGAAAAGAGGAAGAAGACAAGAUGAAUUCCUGUGUGGAAUGCACAUCUUGUUAUGAAAGAGAAGCUGCUGCAUUUCUCAAAUCUGGACAGCUGAAGUCUCCCCCCUCCAUCUUCUCCAGCACCAGCUCAAACGACAUGAAAAAUGAUUCUACUCAAUUGCCAUGCUGGCUAAAAUCGCUCCAACCCGAUUCACAACAUAAGGAUGUACUGGCGGAAUUGAGGCGGAAAUGGAAUAGAUUUUGUGACAGUUUCCAUCCAGGAAGGAAUUCCCAGAAUUAUAUAACAGGGAAAUGCAAUUCCAACUCAUUGACAUAUAACCCAUGUUGGCCUGAUCAGAAAAAAGUUCACCAGGAUUCGAAUUCUAUAAGUUUCGCUCAUUCACCACCAUCGAGGCUAAAUCAAACCGCGGCUUCAUUUCCCCGGUUCAGACGCCAGCAGUCGUGUCACAUUGAGUUUAAUUUCAGCAAUUCGGAUGCACGCACAUUGGAUUUUCUCAAGGAUACUACUAAGGAUGCUAAUAUCACACUUGCCCUUGGGAAUCACUGCUCCUUAGAGACAGAGAUGAUCAAGAAACUGCAAGAAAACGUGCCAUGGCAAAAGGAAACUGUUUCUUCUAUAGUUAAAGUCCUGAACAAAACCAAUUUGGCGAAUAUGGAUGCUUGGUUCUUGAUUGAGGGAAACGAUUCGGUUGGAAAGAGGAGACUGGCAAUGGCGAUUUCAGAAUCGGUUUUGGGAUCACCUGAGUUGCUUCUGGAAAUGAACAUGAGAGACAGAGAUAAGAGGAACAAUUGGUAUGAAACACUUAAUGGGGCGUUGAGGAAUCAACCAAAGAUAGUGGCUUUAGUCGAAAAUGUGGAAUUUGCAGAUGCUCAUUUCCAGAAGUUUCUUGCUGAUUGCUACGAAACAGGGGAAUUUGGUGAACUGAAUAGGGGUCAAGUAAUUUUCAUCCUUACAAAAGAAGAUCAAUCAAGCUCUAAAGACGAUUACGAGAAAAACAGGGAUUCUGUAAUUCAGAUGCGUUUUGAAUUCAACGACAAGGGUCCCAACUUGGGGACACCAAACUCGAAUAGCAAGAGGAAAUUUGAAUGGGAGAAUGAUCAGAACGAGGCCAAAAGUCCUAGAAUGAUCAUCAAGAAGGGACUCAACUCCAAUAUACUUGAUCUUAACAUGAGAGCGAAAGAGGAAGAAGAUGAUGAAAGUGAGGAAUUCAGCAGCCCGAAUUCGAGUAACUUGACCCAAGAGGCAACAAAUGAUCCUCAAGGGUUCUCUGUCCCUGUCAAGAAUAGGUUUGUGUUUGACCGUAAUCCUUCUGAAGAAUUACUUGCUUUGGAGAUGUACAUUUCAAUGAUGAGAGGAUCAUUUGAGGAGGUCCAAAGGGACCAAGGGCGGAGUUGUCUUUUCAGUGUAGAAGAGAGGCUAGUAGAGGAAAUUGUGUUUGGUUCAGGGACAUUUACCAACAGUCUGUUUGAAAAAUGGCUGAUAGAGGUAUUUAAAACAAGUUUGGAAAAAAUCAAAAUUGGGGGGAAAGAGGGGAUAGGUGUUAGGCUCUGUUUGGAUGGGGGUAAAGGAGGGGGGGAUUGUGGGGGUGGGGGUCGGAAUAAUGGGUUUUUGGGUUCAAAUCUGCCCAAGAAAAUACAAUAUCCGCGUCUUACGAAAGACAACUAUGAUAGUUGGUCUAUCCGAGUAAAGACGUUACUCAAUUCUCAAGAUUCAAGCGUUCUAGAAGAACAAAAAGAAGGAUCAACACGCCCUUUCUAUAAUCCACCAGUGUCUGAUGAUGUUGCUUUUGAGAAAGUAGCAAAUGCCUCGACGUCCAAGGAGGCAUGGGAAAUUCUAGAAAAUUCCCACAAAGGAGUUGUCAAGGUAGAGGAAGAGAAAGAGGACGCGAACGAGGACAAAGAAGUGACGGAUACAAGAAAGGAUACGAAAAGGCACGCGUUGAGUGCUACAAUUGUCACAAAUUGGGUCAUUAUGCUCGUGUUUACUGCCGAAACAAUGCAUUUGAGUUUUGAAGAGGCUAGUAAAGAGAAGAAAUGGAGACAAGCUAUGGAAGAGGAAAUUCGAGCCAUUGAAAGAAAGAAUAUAUAG